AUGGCACUCUUAACACCCCAGGGAGUGAAAAAAGUUUUCCAAUUUCAGAAAUCAGCGGGCCGGGAGCACCUACGGAGACUGCUGAACUGGGAGGAGUUUGAUGAACUGAGAGACUCCCGCAGAAGCAUCCUGCUGGAUACCCUCUAUGAAAGCAUCAUUUUUGCUGUGGGCAAAGGCUUCCCGUGGGUGGAGGUGGCCAAAGUGGUCAAGUUCACAGAAGAACUGCUCGAGGAAACCAAAGGCUGCUCCAUCACUGAGGCGGUGACAAUCCUAGGCACCAAGCUCCGAGAUUGCCAGGGGCAGUUCACCGCCACCCACCUGCUGGCCCUCUGCGACUACUUCCACAACACCUUCAUCCGCCACUACAAACUCUACCAGUAUGUCCUGGGCCAGGACCAGGAAGUCAACCUGACUGUGGCCCACCUGGAGGUGUGUGCACCGCCCCAGCCCCUCCCGCUGGCCCAGGGCGUGGACAAGGCCAUGUGGGAGCACGAGCAGCAGGUAGCCAAGCUCAGUCUGGCUGAGGUGCAGAAACGCACCAGUGUGAUGCUUGUGAAGGAGACGCUCCACCUGGAGGAGGAGCACAUGCUCCAGAAGAAGUUCUCAGAGGUGCCAGCACAGCAGUGUGGGCUUCUGAAGAGAGAGGAGUUAGAAAAUCUCAUCAAGGAGGCCAUUCACAUUCAGAUUGAAUGCCUGAAAAAGCUGCUACAGUAUGAGAUACAGAUAACUUUUGAUAUUUUGGACCUGAAAUUUCAGAAGAAGAUUUUAAAUCUCAACGCUCCUGUCCCUUUUCCACUCUCAAUCACUGGCCAAGGCCAAGACGAAUCUCUCAAGUUCAACAAAGCAACCAAAGGAAAGAAAGCACAAGCCAAGAAGUAG